UAAAGGCCAGGGAUAAAAAGCUUUGGCAAAUUGAAGGCGACGCAGAAGAAGAAAGACUGGCCAUGGCUCGUUUCUUGUCUCUCAUUCUUUUGCUUUUCGCCGCCGCCCUGGCCAACGAAUCCUCAAACAAGCAACGUAAUCGCAGAUCCUCCGCAAAAUGCAACCUCGCUCGUUCAUCAAACUUGGUUUUGCUGUCGAACGAAAAGAUGUACUUUUUUUCUUACCCAGCUCAGAAAACCUGGAAUUCUGCUAAAGAGACGUGCAGCAAAAAAGGCCUCCAUUUGGCCACAAUGACAGAUGUAAAUGAAUUGCAGGUGGUCGGGGAAGAAGCACGAGGAAUUUAUUUGGAUAAUGGUUGGCACGUAUCGGCGAAAAACCAAGGGAGUGGAGGUGGAAAGGACUUCCGAUGGCGCGACGGGACCAAGCUGGAGUUGAACAGUCCCUUGUGGCAGGAGGGCACGCGCAAGGCGGGCGACUGCGUUCGCAUCGAUAAUUCGAGAAAGGGAAAAUUGGUCAGCUAUUCGUGCACCGAUGAGCGGCCUUUCGUCUGCGAACUGCCCAGCGAAUGUUACUGAAAACCAAAUCAAAUAUAGAAAUUGUAAUUUUAAAAAAGAAAAAAUUAAAACAUAUUUUGUCUCCAUACUUGCAGUGGAUUUUGUUUAAACGUGUUUGUAUGUCAAAUAAAAUUGGUUAAAAGAUUUUAGUUGUGAAAAAGUAA